GUCAAAACGUGGUCAUCUGUCGGUAUGUUGUGCAUUCGACCCUGUGCAUGUGAAAAGCGACCCCGUGGAGAGCACUGAUAACAGUAUUUCCCCCCUCUGCUUCGCACGGUAGAGGAGUCCUUUGCACCACUGUCCAUCCGAGUAUCCCUUCACUUGAACACCUUCCUGCGACGUGUCAGUCAUCGUAUUAUAGGAAUAAGUGCCGCAGGAGACGAACCUCUUCGCUUCACGCACUCAGCGUUGCCCGCAUUGGUGAUGGGCCCUCCCGUCGUGAGAUGCGAAAACAUGUCCCACUCGAGCUUCUAUACAAUGAUCCCAUCUGCUGUACGGUCACGCAUUCCCGUAUUGGCCUCUCUACGGCGAUCCGCGAGAGCCAUUGUUCUCCAGUCCUCGAGCCCCGAGCGGAACGCCCGCACCCUCUCAUGCGUCAAUGCAACGAACGAGAAAGAAUUCUAUGGCUUUGCUGUUACUGUCCCCUCAAGCGGUGCCAGCACGCCAAUGAUAAGACCAGAGACUCCGAACGAACAACUAUCCACGCAAGAAUUGAGUCUGAGAACGCUUCCGCAGCCAGAGACGAGCACUGGCAUCGAUUGGGAUGUUGCUGCGACAGGCAUAAGGCUGUGGGUGACUGCCAAAACGCAAGCCGAACAAGGCGGAGAUCGCAUUGCUCUUCGCAGCAUGCAUAUCGAUGCUUUGCGGUACAUGCAUAUGGCCUUGCCUGAGACUUUGACACCCUUUGAGGUUGAGUCUUUGCGGUCCAGCAUGUCUCCGCAACUGCUGUCUCAAUCGUCAGAAACACCACCAGCCUCACGCCGGCAGCAUCCUAGCCUACUCCGACAAGGAGUCGCUAGGCUUGUCUGCUGGCUUAUUGCUGGCGUCCUGCUAAUUCUUCCCAUCAUCAUGGCUUUUCUGAACCGCAUAAUGCAAUAUGAGCGACAACACCAAGUCACAGAAAGAGUCCUUGCGAAUGGGCUCGACUUGACUUCAGCACUAGGCGAACGCAGCAUUGAGUUACAGAAGGCAUUGACGCGGUUCAAAGAUGGCCGGCUGGGCGGCGCAUGUGUGGAUGCUGGAUCAUGGCUGGUUGAAGGCAUUCUUGGAGGUGUUAAUGAUGGUGUUGAUGCUGUUGCUCAGAGUCGAAGAAGAGCACCUUAAGGAGUUAGGUGCCAGUCCCGCCUGAAUCAUGGCUGCAAGGUUGUUUCGCUCCUUGAUAGCUCUUUCAUGACCUUGAAUGACAAACAUCUUGUUCGGA